GACGAUGCCCGCAGCUGUCCGGUCAGCUCCUGUUCAUCAGCUGCUCCGUGGGACGUCCGACCGUCGGACCACACCGGAACUGAGCCGGGUCACCGGCACAACAUGGCGGUGUUCUGCAGAGGAAGGGGACUCGUCCGGUCGGUGAGGACUUCACUUCACACGUCAUGGUUCCACCGCUCGGCAGUUCCUCAGUCCACUUCCGGUUCCGGUCCCGCUCAGUCAGGGUUCUUCCCUUCGGUUGAAGGCGUCAUGCUGCCGACAGGAACUUUCAGCGACAGAGUGGCGUUCAUCACGGGGGGCGGGACCGGACUAGGCAGAGCCAUGACCACCGCCCUGUCACAGCUGGGAGCUCAGUGUGUCAUCGCCAGCAGGAAGUUGGACGUUCUAGAGAAGACGGCCAAUGAGAUCAGCGACCAGACUGGAAACAAGGUCCAUGUGGUUCAGUGUGAUGUCAGAGAUCCUCAGGCCGUCUCUCGUUGUGUCGACCAGAUGGAGAGUCUGACAGGACUUCCUGAUGUGAUCAUCAACAACGCAGCAGGAAACUUUGUCUGUCCAUCAGAGCGUCUGUCGCCAAACGGAUGGAAGAGCAUCACUGACAUUGUCCUGAACGGGACUGCUUUCAUCACUCUGGAGCUGGGAAAGAGACUGAUCCAGAACCAGAAAGGUGCUUCUUUCUUGGCCAUCACCACCAUCUACGCUGAGUCUGGUUCUGGUUUCGUGGUCCCCAGUGCAUCAGCGAAGGCCGGAGUCGAGGCGCUCUACAAGUCUCUUGCUGCAGAGUGGGGGCGCUAUGGCCACAGGUUUAAUAUCAUCCAGCCUGGACCAAUCAGAACUAAGGGUGCGUUCAGUCGUUUGGAUCCAACAGGAGCGUUUGAAAAGGAAAUGAUUGGUCGGAUCCCGACAGGUCGACUUGGACAACCAGCAGAGAUUGCAAACCUGGCAGCGUACAUGAGCAGCGACUACGCUUCCUGGAUGUCUGGAGCCGUGAUUCGUUUCGAUGGAGGAGAGUAUGUGUCGAUGGCGGGCGAGUUCAACGAGCUGCGCAGGGUGUCUCCAGAUCAGUGGACGUUGAUGGAGUCGAUGAUCAGAAAAACUAAAGGAUCCUAAUGACACUCAACAACCGAUCAGAUGAGUCCCAUGUUACCAUGGAGACAGUGAUCAGCGGCCUUUCGUGGGACGAUCUGCACAUGCUCAGUGUGACUCGAUCAAACCAAGGUCUCUGUCUCUGAUUUGUUGAUUUGGUUUGUUCAUCACAUCUCCUGACCUUUGACCUGCUUCAUUUGUCCUGAAUAAGGAGGGAAUAGGCCACACCCCCACAAAGCUGCUUGUCACUCAGUUGUCCAGUAGCUUGUGUAAAGAAGAUUGUAAUAUUUCUGUUAAAGUCAGUGAAUUAAAGCUCAACGUCUAAACUUCA